UGAAUAUGGAUGUAUCAAAGUAUUAUUCUAGAAGAAAUGAUGGUUCUUAUGUUGUGCAUUUUCCUAAUUCCGAAGGAACAAGUUUAGAUGAAAUUAACAAAAUAUUUUCUGCUUUUGGUAAAGUUUUAUCUAUUGAUGAUCGAGGAUUGUGCUUUGUAAGAUAUCAACAUCUAAUGGAUGCAAAAACUUGUGUCGAAUCUUUACAAAAUCAUCCAUUUAUAAAAAUUUUACCGCAUAAAAAUAAAAUAUCCACUGAAUCUAAACAAAAGCAAAAUCUAAACAAGAAGACUAAAGAAUCCUGCAAGAGUCAAUUAAAAAAUACAAUGACUAGUAAAUCAUUCAAGAAAGAUGUAGAUGAUCAGAAAUACAGUGAAUCUGUCUGUUCUGAAAACAGUUGUACUAAUUCGUUAAAAAGUAUUGACAAUGAUAAUCAUUCCUCUAGAACAUCACCCUUAAAACACUUUGUUAACAAAGAUACAAAGAGAAAUAAAAGUUCACGUGAUGAAGAUGAAAUUCCAUCAUUGAUUUCCAAUGACCAAAUAUUUAUGUCUGAUAAUGAAUGUUCUACAUGGAAUGGAAUAGCUGUACCAGCUCAUGAAGUAAUUGUAGCUAAUGUCCAUCCUAAAUUUGGAAUACAUUAUAUACUGCAUCUUUUUGAAAAAUAUAACCCAAUAUCCGCGUCAUUUAUGACCGUGGUACCAAAAGCAAAAAUAAGAUAUUGUCAUGUUUACUUUCAAACACCUGAAGAAGCUUUAGCAGUCGAGAAAGAAUUCGAUACGCAAAUCUUGCAUGGAAACAAUCUUAUUGUUUUAAGAUCACAGAAAUUAAUGCAGGAUAUCCUUUUAACAUAAAUGUGUUUUUU